AUGAUCCUGAGUGGGACGUUGACUUGCGUAGCCGGGAACCCCGGGCAUGACUCGUCCGUCACCACCCUUGUUGUCUCCUCAGAUGGACGCUGGGUAGCGACGGCGUCCGGCGCUUCCACCAUCAUCCUUUGGGAUGCCCGAGAUGCAUACAUCUCGCAAGAAUGGUUUUCCCCUGGCGGAGUAGUGUCGGAUCUCGCAUUCUCACCAGACAGCCGACAUCUCGCGUCUGCAAGUGAAGAUGGGAAGGUGACGAUCUGGGACAUCAGCGGCAACUCACGCCAAGUCGCCUCCCUCGAAGGUCACCUGAGUGUCAUCCGAUCCUGCGCGUGGUCUAGCAACGGUGCUUACAUUGCAUCCCAAGCCAGGGACCGCAGUGUACGACUCCGGGAUGGACGAACGUUCCAGCCGCUGCCUCUGAUUCCCGACAUGACAGGCUCCCGGCCCCUAUUCUCCCCCGACAGCCAUUGGCUUCUUGUCCCCAAGGGCAGUGGGAUGAUCUGCAUUUGGGAUAUGGCGACUAAACAGGAGUGUCUGCUCUUGAAGUCGUACGAGGGUUCGAUCUAUGAUAUGGCAUUUUCCCCGGAUGGUCGGCUGCUGCUCUCAGCCUCGUGGAACGACAAUUCGUUGGAGGUGUGGAAUACGCACACAGGCGCCAUGGUCCAGUCGCUUGACGAGCACACUAGAGCGGUGGUCAAGGUGUGCUUCUCCCCAUGUGGGCAGUAUAUCGCCUCUGCAUCCACGGACAAGACGGUGAAGGUGUGGAGGACGAGCGAUGGAUCAUGCUUGGCGACGGUGAUAGGGUCUGGCAUGUUGCAUUCACUCCCGAUGGGAUAA